AUGGUGCUCAAAACAUUCGACGUGGCUAACAUCCCUCGGGUCCGGGCUGUCCCAUUAACUCCAGAGCUGUUUGCCCCUUAUGGCGGGGUGAUCAGUGCUGACCACCAGAUCAAGCACGUCAAGUCUCUGGGAGCCAACUAUGGUACCGCAGUCAAGAUCCACAAAGUGGCGCCCAUCACUAAUAACUACCCUGCUUCUGCUCCGGCUACUGCCAACUGGAACAUCUACCGCUGCAAAGCUCCCAAACACCUCAUCACUCAUUCAGGCGCUAAAUCAACUUAUAAACUGACAGUGUUGGAACGUCAUCCUUAUACUACGCAAACGUUUGUUCCCAUGGGCGAAAACCUCAACAAAGUGGCGUAUUUGGUGAUUGUGGCUGCUACUGAUGCCAAUGACCCUCAGAAAUUGCCCGAGCCGUCACAGAUCAAAGCUUUCAUCUGUAAAGGCAAUCAAGCUGUCACUUAUGGUGUGGGUACCUGGCACGCUCCCAUGGUAGUUAUUGAUGAAGACAUAGACCACUUGGACUUUGCCGUCAUGAUGCACGAAAACGGCGUCGCCGACGACGACUGCCAAGAAUGCUACUUUGAGCCUGGUUACGAAAUUGAGUACACUGUGAAUGCUCUGAAAUUGUGA